GUGGCUGUUUUGUAAAUAAACAAACAAAAAACAACACGCAACGUCAACACCAUCGACGGCAGCGACGCCACCUGUCUGGGGAAAAGUGAAUCAAGGUGAAUUUCCCACUGGACACGUGCCGUACAAUCGGAGCAACAGUCGGCCAGAGAAAGAAAAAACGGGCAUAAAAAAAACAGGAACGCCUCUUGCAAGACAGUCUCAUCUGGGCUUCGUGGAAAACGCCGCAGAGUUUGGGUUUCCGGUGUGCGUGCUACCUUCGCGACGCUGAAUGUAGGCGUCACGGAUCGGCAAGAAUUUCACCAAAUAAGCCCGCAACAAAACAAAAAUAUAUAAAAACAAAAUGAGAUCCAUACGAAGGACACCACCCCAUCAGCUGCUGCCGAGUGUCCUCGUGCUCCUGCCGCUGUUGCUACUGUUGCUCCUGGACAGCAGCCAUCUCGCGUACGGUCUCCGUUGUGACCGCUCGCCUGAAGGAUCCGGUGCCAACAAAUCCCCCGCCGACGGACGCUUUCGUCUGCGCAUCUCAGGCAACCCGGAGAAGUACGUGCCCGGCGAAUCGUACACCAUAAGUCUCGUCGGUAUCCGGUCGAUGCAGGUGCCCCAUAAGUUCUCUGGUUUCUUCCUAGCGGCUGAGCGCGACUUCUCGCUCGCUCGCGGUGAUCCAGCUCUAGCAGGUGUUCACAAUCUCGGAACUUUCCAGUUGGUGGGUGAUGCGCUGACCAAAUUCAGUGAGCGAUGUCCUAAUGCGGUCACGCAGACAAACUCGCUGCCGAAGAGCGAGAUUCAGGUGAACUGGGUUGCGCCACCAGCUGGUAGUGGUUGUAUUGCGAUUCGGGCGACUGUCGUCGAACACCGGGACGUGUGGUAUAUGGAUGAUGGACCGCUCAGUAAGAUCUUCUGCGAGGAUGAAGCCGAUUCGGUCGAUACACAACCAGCGGUACUGAAGGAGUGCUGCGCGUGUGAUGAAGCCAAGUAUGAGCUUACGUUCGAGGGACUGUGGUCGCGGCACACCCAUCCGAAGGACUUCCCUUCGAAUGGGUGGUUAACGAGGUUCAGUGACGUCAUUGGGGCGUCGCAUACGGUCGACUAUCGGUUCUGGGAGUACGGGCAGGUCGCGAGUGAGGGUCUUAAGCAGGUGGCUGAGCACGGUUCCACUCGGAUGCUGGAGAGUGAGCUCAAAAAUCAGAGCGACAAGAUCCGCACCAUUAUCAAGGCGCGUGGUAUCUCGUACCCGAACGUGACUGGCAAAACGUUUGCGGUGUUCCGUGUCGACUCGAACCACCACCUGGUGUCGAUCGUGUCGAUGUUGGAUCCCUCACCGGACUGGAUUGUCGGUGUAUCGGGGCUUGAACUGUGUUUGACGAACUGCUCGUGGAUCGAGAACAAGAUCCUGAACCUGUACCCGUGGGAUGCCGGAACUGACAGUGGCCCGACUUACAUCUCUCCCGACCAACCGACUAACCCCCCGGAGGUCAUCCGGCGUAUCAAAUCGAACUACCCGAACGAUCCCCGGUCACCUUUCUACGACUCAGCGGGAGCUGAGAUGAAACCACUCGCGAGGAUCUACCUGUCACGCCAGCGUCUGUACGAGAAGAACUGUGACGCGGACAACGAAGAAGAGACCGAAUCGAAGCAGGCUUGCGAGACAGACCCGUGGUCUGAUUGGACCGACUGCAGCUCACGCUGUGGCAAAGGCAAACAAACGCGCCGACGGACGUUCAAGCACCCAGCUAAGGCGAAGCAGGCCGAAUGCAAGAAGAAGCUGUUCGAUCGACGACCGUGUGUCGGCACUGAUCGUGACUGUGACUACAACAGCCAAGAGAUUGAGGAUGCGUUCCUGAGCGAUCCGGAGUGUGAGGUGACCGAAUGGGGCCCGUGGAGUGAGUGUAGUUCACCGUGCGGCAAAGGCAACCGGACGCGAUCUCGCAAGUACAAGAAGAAGGGUGCUCGGAAGAAGUGUGAGAGGUUGCCAAGUCCGCCUCUGCUCCAGCAGACUGUACCAUGCGACGAAGACUGCGGCGGUGACAUCUCGCAGCCUGUGCUGAGCUCGGAUAUCAAUCCCAAGUGCAAGAUGACGCAGUGGUCCGAAUGGAGCCCGUGCAGUGUGACAUGUGGGUUAGGCCGGAAGAUGCGUACUCGCAUGCCUAUUAACAAGAACAUGAAGGUGCACCAUAAGGGCUUCAUGCGGCAUUAUGGUCAAUCGGUGCAUCUGGAUCAGGACGAUGACAGCGAUGAAGAGGACGGUGGUGAUGAUAAUGGGUUGCACAUCACUGACCAAAAUGAUCCCUGUUAUGGUGUAGAGACAGUCGAGGAGGUCACCUGUGGACACGAUCUACCACCCUGCGAUGGAUUGUACGGAGUUCCAGAACUGUGUUUCUUGCAACCGAAACCGGGCAACUGCCGCGACUCGUUGACCCGUUGGUACUUUGACAGUGAUAAGAACGACUGCUCGAUCCUGUUCUUCACCGGGUGUGGAGGCAAUAACAACAACUUUAUGUCCCGCGAGGACUGCCUCGAUUCCUGCAGCAAAGACCGCAAGUUCACCAACAUUCCGAUACGGGAUCAGAUCAGCACGAACGGUUUCAGCGCGUCCGAUUAUGGCGUGGACCUGAAGCAGGACUGCAAGACGUCACACUGGAGGCGUAGCCCGUGUAACGCUACCUGCGGUGCGGGAUUCCGCGUCAAGAGCCGCACGAUUCUGGUGCACCCAUCGGAUGGUGGCCAACGAUGCCCGCGGAGACUCCGUAAGGUCGAGCGGUGCUUUUCGCAUUGUGACUCUUCCCGGCACGACACGAACCCAUCCUGGGGUCCAAGCACGCGCCACGCACUGGAACCGGUCGAGUGCGAGUACUCAGCCUGGUCGGCGUGGUCCCCGUGCAGCAAAACCUGCGGCGACUACGCGGUCCAGCAGCGCACCCGGUACGUGCUCAAUCCCGAGAACACGCCGCAGUGCCCACACCGGCUCGAGGAGCGGAAAUGUGAUAUCAUGCCUUGCCUGUUGGGCAAAUAGACGACCGGGUGCUGUCGGGAAGCGUUUAGAUUUAUUUCUAGGGGCACAUUCACCCCGCCAUCACGCGCUCGCGCCAGAGAAGGACAUCGGGGUUGGACCUGAGCCUUCGUUUUUAGCGUAUGCUUUUAUUUUCCCCAUAUACACAUCUCAUCGAUUGCAUCGAUAUUUUACGUACCGAUACACGGAGCAUACACGGUUUUUAUUUUCUGCUCUCUCUCUCUCUCUCUCUCUCGCUCAAACACACCGGUCCGGUCGCGUGGGUUUUUUUUGUGUCCGAUCCCAAAUCCGACAUUGAUGAAUGAAUGCCCAGCUGCGCCGGCUUUUAGGUGUUUUUUGGAGUGAGGACGUGAUGGGAAAAGUUGAAGAUAGCGCCACAUCUAGCACCUUCCACAACCACCCACGAAUUAAAAAAAAACACACACAACAUAUAUCGUGUUUUCUGUACCCGUUCGAUGUGGUGCAUUAGUUUAUAGCAUUUGUGAGGGGUUAUAAGGGUGAAGUAAAAAAACGCCCUUAAUCCCUAGAAACCGACCCGGAGUGAUGCACGUCCUACACCGUGAGUUGAAACGCACGUAUACUUGCGCGUUAGACACACACAGCCGAUCUGCAUGCAGGAAGGCGUAGCGUGUGUUGCAGCAACACUCUAGCAACUAGUAGAGGACAUCGCAAAUCACGAUCCUGGACGAUGAUUGCACUUGCAUUACUGCAGUGGUGCAUUUGGAAGGUGGUGUAGACGAGCGAGCCCCAUGUAUGUAUGUCUGAUAAUAAGCGUAUGUGGUAGCAAACGGAGCAAAACGGAAAAGAGAGAGAGAGAGAAACUGAGGUAGAACGGUGCGCCCGGCAAGUAUGCAAUCGGAUGACACAUUAAUAAAUGCAGACAUCAUGUAUCCUUCUACUAAUAAGAACAAAUAAAUUGGAGUACACGUAGUAAU